AUGGCUAAACCCCAUCACCUCAUUCUCAUUCUCCUCCUCUUCGCUAUUCUUCAAUCUUCUUCUCCCUUCGUUUCUGCUUCACCCUCAAAUCACAUCUACAACGUUGGACAAAAUGUCCCAUUUUUCGUCAACAAACUAGGACCCUUCAACAAUCCCAGUGAAACAUAUCAAUACUAUCAAUUACCAUUCUGCAAACCAGACCCAAUUGUGAAAAAGAAAGAAUCUCUUGGUGAAGUUCUCAAUGGGGAUCGUUUGACAAAUGGGUUGUAUGAGUUCAAGUUCAGGGAAGACAAGAUUGAUGAAACAUUGUGUCAAAAGAAGCUUACAAUUGAUGAAAUUGGAACCUUUAAGCAAGCUAUAAACAGUGAAUUUUACUUCCAGUUUUAUUUGGAUGAUCUUCCAUUUUGGGGGUUCAUUGGGAAGGUUGAAGAUGAAAGCUUGACUCAUAGUGGGGGAGGAUCAAAUUAUUACCUUUUUACACAUGUUCAAUUUGAUGUUCUUUACAACGGGCACCGAGUUGUGGAAGUAAAAGCAUUUGGUGAUCCGAAUCGAGCGGUAGAUAUAACCAAAGAUGUUGACAUUGAUAAUGUUAAGUUCAGUUAUUCUGUUAUCUGGAAUACAACUGACCUACAUUUCGAGAAUAGAAUGAAGAGAUACUCGAGAACUUCGUUGCUGCCUUUGUAUCGUCAAGUUCAUUGGUUCUCUUUCAUUAACUCCGCUGUCAUCAUUUUGCUUUUGGUUGGUUUGCUUGUCCUGCUUUAUUCAAGACACUUGAAGAGUGAUAUAAAAAAGUAUUCUAGUGCAAACGAAGAAGAUAGGGAGGUUGGUUGGAAGUCAAUUCAGGGUGAUGUAUUCAAACAUCCUCCAAACUCGUCCUUAUUGUUUGCUGUUGUGGGAACGGGUACCCAAUUGCUAAUCUUGCUUUGUGUCAUAUUGUUCCUAGCAUUUAUCGAUACCCUCUAUCCAUACAAUCGUGGCGGACUCUCAAAUUGUCUUGUCUUUCUAUUCACUCUUUCAUCUGUUUUUGCUGGUUACUCAACAGCAUCCUUCCAUGGCCAAUUUGCUGAAGAUGGAUGGGAGAGGAGUGUUGGUCUAGCUGGAAUUCUUUACAUUGGACCAGUGUUUGUUACGGUCUCUAUCCUCAACAUUAUUGCAAUAUCUUACAGGGUUACGGCGGGACUCCCAUUGGGCUCCAUUCUCGUUAUUCUUAGUUUAUUUGUAUUUGUUGCAAUCCCAUUGCUUGCAUUUGGAGGAUUGAUUGGAUACCGUCUUAGGUCUAAGUUUCAGGUCCCCUCUGCUACAAAGAGAUAUCCUAAAGAGAUUCAACAGCUUCCUUGGUACAGGAGAACACCGUUUCAAAUGUUUAUUGGAGGUUUUGUGCCGUUUAGUGCAAUUGUCCUGCAAUUACAUCAGGUGUAUGCUAGUAUGUGGGGAUACAAAAUAUACACUCUUCCUGGUAUUUUGGUUGCCACACUCAUCACCGUUGUCGUGAUUAUUAUGCUCGUAAAUAUUGGCUUGACAUACAUUCAACUAUCCGAGGAAGACCAUGAUUGGUGGUGGAGAUCUGUGCUCUGUGGUGGUUCACCAGCCAUUUUUAUGUUUGCAUAUUGUAUCUACUUCUAUGCAAGAUCAAGAAUGAGUGGAUUCUUACAACUAUCUUUCUUCAUUGGCUACAAUGCAUGCAUAUGCUAUGCUUUCUUCUUGAUAUUUGGAGCCAUCAGUUUCCGAGUUUCGAUGCUAUUUGUUCGCCAUAUAUACCAUAAUGUUAAAAGGGAGUGA